UGACGUCAUCAAUAGGUGACCCAAGAACCUUGAGGCGCUCCUAGUUAUCUUUAAAAGCGGUUUAUAUUACACAGGAACGAUACAGGUGGUAUAUGAAAAGGAGAAGCCCAACAGGAUGGCCAGUGUGCUCUGUAGUAGAGCCAGGGUGGUUACAUACCUGCCAGGGCUUCACCUUCUUGUGCAACGCAUAGCAGGAACCAGAUGUAUCUCAGAUGAGCGUCACGUUAAUGUCACACCACCAGAUAUGGGACCAAGGACGGUGUGGCCAGACGAGACCAUGGGUCCAUUUGCUCCUCAGGAUAAACGCUUCCAGCUGCCUGGUAAUGUGGGAUUUGCCAGGCAGCUAGAAGCCACAGCGGAACAGAAGCCCGGCUCUGUGCAUUCAGUACUACCGGACGUGCUGACAGCUCCGUCUAACAGCGAGAGGCACGAAUUCAUCCUGGCACAGUUCCUCUACGAGUCCCACGAGAACGGCGAGGCUUCAUCAGCACACAAGGUCGACAGUGCAGAGCAGUAUUUCAACCAUUCCAGAGUGGAGUGUGCGAUCCAAUCCUGCCCAGAACUGCUGAAAAAAGACUUUGAACUGAUGUUUCCCGAAGCCCCCUCCAGCAGUAUGAUGGUGCUCACUGUAACGCAGAGAACAGAGAACGACAUGACCGCCUGGUCUGAGGAGGUGGACCAGGAGAGAGAGCAACUGCUGGUUAAAUUCAUUGAAGGGGCAAAGGAGAUCUGCCACGCGCUGCACACCGAGGGAUUUUGGGCUGACUUUAUCGACCCUUCAUCUGGAUUAGCGUUCUUCGGCGCCUACACCAACAACACACUGUUCGAGACAGACGAGCGAUACCGCCACCUGGGUUUCCAGAUUGAAGACCUCGGAUGCUGUAAAGUGAUCCGUCACACGCUGUGGGGCACACACGUGUUCGUAGGAAGCGUUUUCACCAACGCGCCACCAAGCAGCCACGUCAUGAAGAAGCUGCAAGGAAAUUAACGCAUCACGCACUUCAUAUCGUAACAUCCAAGAACACUAUUGAAAAACAAAGGUUUAUCCAGUGUUAAUGCUCGUGUGCUCGGAGUACAUGCACUCGACUAGCACUCAUCAAUGGCACAUACAAAUCCAUACUCGAUUUCUUUUUGAUUACAUAUGCUGUAAUCCCUAUGGGGUGCUUGAUUUAUUUAUUUUUGUAGUUGAAUAUGGCAAAGUGUAGAAAAGCUCAAUUCCAUGCUGCUUGAUUUCGGUGUUUGAGAAAUGUAAUAAAUAAAUCUAUCUUUAAUGCCUUUUCUUUUACUGUCACAGAAAUAAAGUGAAAAUUUAUGUUUGGCAGGUUGUUGUGUUUUUUUUUUGUUUGUUUGUUUGUUUUUUUUUGGAGUAUUUUAGUUGUUGUAGCAAUUAGUUAACCAGAUUUUUUAAAUAAUUAUUAUUACAUGAAAAUUGCAAGGGUUACAUUUUUGCUUUUCAUGACUCCAAAUGGAUUUGAGCUGUUCUGAAUUUCUACCAACAUGUUCAAAGUAACGACUCUCACCUCUUUAAAAUAUGGUUUGUAUAACAGAUUGAGAAAUUAUUUCAGGGGAAUAAAAGUGUAGUUUUCUUAUCAUAAGGAUAAAAUUUUGUAUGCCACAAUGUUACUGUAUUCAUGAAAGAUUAUUUCCAUCAGACACAUCUCCAGUCCUCUUAAAUAUAAAAUAAUCCAGAUAUUUCCUUCUCAUUAUAUAAUCAAAUAAUUGAACCCUUGGUUAUGUCUAUGUGAAGUGUCAUUUAAUCCUUUAUUUUUUUUAAAAUAAAAAUAAAAACGGAAUAAACAGGU